GUGGGCUGCACCCCCGCGAGGUCUGGGCCAGGUAGACUGGAAGGGGCGGAGGUAACCCGGAGCGGGCAGCGGAGGCCGCCCCUCGGCCCCCACCCCCUCCACGCCGCGCUCGCUACACGCGUGCGGGGAGAGGACGUGGCCAGCUGCGUUCCGAGAUCCGGCACCGCCGCUGCUUCUCCGCCAGGCGCCGGGCGUCCCCGCCACUCUCAGUCCGAAGUCGGCUACUAUGGAGGCGCAGGCUCGAGAAUGGUGGGGAGGACCUGGAGGGGAGUUUUAACUCCAGGCUAUUUUGAGCCAUGUAACUUUCCUUCAAUAACAAAUUACUACAAAUAUAGUGGCUUAAAACAACAGAAAUGUAUUCUCUCACCGUUCUGGAGGCUUGAAGUCCAAAAUGACCAUCGCUGGACCAGAAUUAGGAUGUUUGUUGGAGACCGAACCACUGCAAGGAAGAGAUGAAGACGCAAUAGCCAGUGCUGACUCCCCUAGCAUGCUCUCCGAGGAAGAAAAAGAAGAGUUAAAGGCAGAACUAGUUCAGCUGGAAGACGAAAUUACAACCUUACGACAAGUUUUAUCAGCAAAAGAAAGGCAUCUUGUGGAGAUAAAACAAAAACUUGGCAUGAACCUGAUGAAUGAAUUAAAACAGAACUUUAGCAGAGGCUGGCAUGACGUGCAGACAACUACUGCCUACAAGAAAACACAUGAAACCCUGAGUCAUGCCGGGCAGAAGGCAACUGCAGCUUUCAGUAACGUUGGGACGGCCAUCAGCAAGAAGUUUGGAGACAUGAGGUCUCAUUCCAUCGGCUACUCCAUUCGCCAUUCCAUAAGUAUGCCUGCAAUGAGGAAUUCUCCUACUUUCAAAUCAUUUGAGGAGAGGGUUGAGACAACUGUCACAAGCCUUAAGACGAAAGUAGGUGGGGCGAACCACGGCGGCGGCAGCUUUGAGGAGGUGCUGAGCUCCACGGCGCACGCCAGCGCGCAGAGCUCGGCCGGCGGCCCACGACUGGCCGAGGGGGAGGAGCUGCAGUGCUAAGGCCCCGCCCUGCCCGCAUGCCUCCGGAAGGAAGACCACAGUCCUGCGGGGAAGACACGGGCCUUGACCUUGUUCUUCAAAUGGCUUCGCCUCAAAGUUUAAUUAAAUGAUUUACAUUUGAAUUCGUGUCUUUGCGGGACCACGCAACCAUUUUAGAGUUCCUAGAUUGUCAUCUUUUAAAAUGUAGACUUCAGCAGGUACACAGUUGGUCAUGACCUUUGUUUUUGUGUAAUUCAACAUGUUUUCCAAACCUGUAGCUGUUAAUUAUUUGCUUUGAUUUUUGCUUGGACUCCUAUAGGAAGUGCAUGUCUUUGAAGUCUAAGUGCCCCCUUUCAGUUCUGUCUGAUGGAUAGCUCUCUUUCUGACUGGCUCCAGCAGGGAAUGAGAUGACACUGCAAAUAUCCUCAAACCGCCUGUGAGCUCCUUCACCUACUUCAAUUAAUUCCUUAUGCUUAUUUGAGCAAUUAAAAUAAUUGAUUUUAAUGAUAA